UAAUUUUAUGCACAGGCUCAUGCUCCACUCUCUUUUCCUGCUGCAGCUCUCGUCUUUUCCUUCGCUGUAGCUCCAAAAUCCAAAUCUAACAGGGGCGCGAGAGAGUCUUUUUAGAGUUGUUUCUCUGUUUUCUCAUUUCUCUUUCUCUUUCUCUCUCUCUCGAUCAUCAACAAUGGCCGCCGAUGAGCCUUCUCUCACUCGGUGGUCUUUUCAGGAUUUUAAAAUAUUUUAUGAUGCCAAGUUUGGGAGAAAGAGGAUACCGGAGAAGCAGAACGGCAAGUCGGCUGCUGAUAAUUCAGUGCCAAACGUGAGUUCUUCUUUAUCGAGUGCUUCAUCGAAUGGAAAUGGUUUUGUCAAGAGCACAUCUGAUAUGGCUAUUUACGAGCAGUACAGAAACCAAAACGGGAGCACAAACCACUUAAAUGGAGUUUCGGCUAGCGGGAAUAAUAGUGAAAGACCCCAGAAGUCUUUGCUUCCUGCUUUUGAUUCCUCUGAAACUCGCUCUUUGGCAGAGGGUUUAUGCAGGGAUAUUGUUCGUGGGUACCCUGAUGUGAAAUGGGAAAGCAUUAAAGGGUUAGAGAAUGCCAAACGUUUACUGAAAGAGGCAGUUGUCAUGCCGAUAAAAUAUCCCAAGUACUUUACUGGCCUUCUAUCACCAUGGAAAGGCAUUCUUCUUUUUGGCCCUCCCGGGACAGGAAAGACAAUGCUUGCAAAGGCUAUUGCUACAGAGUGCAAAACCACAUUUUUUAAUAUCUCAGCAUCUUCUGUUGUUAGCAAGUGGCGUGGUGAUUCUGAGAAGUUAAUAAAGGUGUUAUUUGAGCUUGCUAGGCAUCAUGCACCAUCAACUAUUUUUAUUGAUGAAAUUGAUGCAAUUAUUAGUCACCGGGGUGAAGGUCGUAGUGAGCAUGAAGCAAGUAGGCGUUUGAAGACUGAGCUACUCAUACAGAUGGAUGGUUUGACACGGACAGAAGAUCUUGUUUUCGUUUUGGCGGCAACAAAUCUCCCCUGGGAGUUGGAUGCGGCCAUGCUCCGGCGUCUUGAGAAGCGAAUCCUUGUACCUCUUCCUGAACCAGAUGCAAGAAAAGCCAUGCUUGAGGAACUCCUGCCAACACAGCCUGACGAGAAUGAGCUUCCUUAUGGUUUACUGGUGGAAAGGACAGAACGUUAUUCAGGUUCAGAUAUUCGAUUACUGUGCAAAGAAGCUGCCAUGCAGCCACUACGACGGCUGAUGGCAAUCCUUGAGGACAAACAGGAAGUAGUACCUGAGGAUGAGUUGCCAGAAGUUGGGCCUAUCACACCUGAGGAUGUAGAGACAGCUUUGAAGAACACUAGGCCAUCUGCUCAUCUCCAUGCCCAUCGAUAUGAGCAGUUUAAUGCUGAUUACGGUAGCCAAAUAGUACAAUGAAGGAUGUGCAAAUACUCUGAACACAGUUUCCAAUUUUCGGGUUUAUUUUAGGUGCUGCUGCUGCGUAAGGGUAUUGUUCUUAGCUGAUUGGCACUCGGUUAUUGAGGUAUUACUGUUCAUUGGCCGUGCAAAUUCGUUUCAGAAUUUUUUUUUCUCUAACAUUUGAUGUUGAGAUCUGUUUCGUUAAUUUUUUUUUUUUUGUUAAAAGUUGAAAAUUUACAUGCGACUUUUUUUUCA